AUGGCCUCGGAAACCCAGACCAGAGCUCCCGUCAAGGAGACCUUCCACUUCAUCAAUGAUCCCGCCGAAGCUAUAAACGAUGCUCUCGCUGGUCUGACAAGUCUCAAACCCGAUCUAUCGUACAAUUCAGAGUACAAAAUUGUCUACCGCAACGAUCUCCCAACCUUCAGCAAUAGCCAUGUGACGACCAUUGGCUUCGCGGGCGGUGGGCACGAACCAAUGUUCGGUGGCUUCGUCGGCGACAAGUAUCUGUCAGCUUACGUCUCGGGAAACAUAUUCGCGUCGCCCACGGCAGCUCAGAUCUUCGAGGCUAUUAAGAUGUGCCAGCCGGCGGGAGGAAAGAGCAAGGGAACAUUGAUUGUCUGUGGAAACUACACUGGAGAUAUCCUGAACGCUGGGCUGGCGAUCACAAGAGCACAGGCAGCGGGAUACAAGGUUCACUUCACGCCAGUAGGAGAUGAUGUAGCGGUGGGUAGGCAGAAAGGCGGCAAGGUUGGCCGGAGAGGUUUGAGCGGACACUUGGUUGCUUUGAAGAGUGCUUGUGCUUUGGCAGAGCGAGGAGAGAGCCUGGACAGAGUGGCUGAGGUCAUGGAGUACGUCGCUGCGCAUGUGGGAACGAUUGGUGUUGCGUUCGACAGAGUUGCCCUCCCUAAUGCUACAUUGACUGAUCUACAAACUCUGCCACCUGCAACUAUUGAGCUUGGUAUGGGAGCUCACGGUGAACCAGGCUUGCAGCAAAUAUCACCGAUUCCAUCACCCGAUGCUCUGGUAUCUCAAAUGCUAGAUUUGCUUCUAGACGUCUCCGACAAAGACCGAGCUUUCAUUCCUUUCUCGGCCGCAUCGAAUCCCACAGACGACAACGAGGUUAUCCUAUUAUUGAACAGCCUCGGGAGCACAUCAGACGAAGUGCUCGCACGAUUUGCAGAGUUGGCGAAUGAUGAGCUCAGUAAGCGGGGUUUCACGGUGAAGAGGCUGACGCUGGGUCCAUUGGUGACAAGCUUGAAGAUGAGUGGAUUCGGCAUCACGGUUUGGAGACUGCCGCCCAGUUCUGGCGAGGUAAUGGAGAGGAAGCUGGCGCUCGAGCUUUGGGAUUCUGCUGUUGAUGUUGUAGCGUGGAGGCAAUAG